AUGAAAAUACACCAACGCAAACAUCUUCAAUCGUUGAACGCUAAAAAACUUUGGCUUGAAAACAUCGAAAAUAACGAGGCAGCACGAAACAACUUUGCGGUUAAGCAGAUAAAAAGCGAAUAUAACCCCUCCGGGAAUUACUUCGAAGUAGAGGAAGAUCAAACCGGUGAAAGAUUUUCUUCCAGUUGUACAUACGAUUCAAACGAAUAUAAAGAGGAAGAGGAUCGAUCAGAGAGGCAUCCAGCUACGGCUCUCAACUUCUCGUACAACAACGUUCGCUACAGAAAACGUUCACAACCCGAAAAAAGUGAGAAGAAAUGCCACUACGAGCUUCGUUGUCCCAUCUCGUUCCGUAUCAGAACGCCGCCGUCGCCCAAUAAAAAAUUGUACAAAUCAGGUUCUCCGCCGUUAGUACGAAAAUUGAAUUCGACCAAACGACCAGACAAGUCUGGUGCGAGUAGCAUGCAACCGCGUCUCAUUAGACGCUACAGAUAUCCCGCAGCUUCGUACGGCCCUCCACGUCCGCCUCGUGCUCCCUGUCCUUAUCGACCUUGCAGCCCUCCCUGUGGACCUCCUUGUGUUCCUGGUUGCGUUCCUCCAUGUGUCCCCACCUGCGUUCCUCCUUGCAUUCCCCCAUGUGUUCCUCCUUGUCCACCGUACGUUCCGUGCUGCCCACCGUGCAGUCCCUGCCCACCCCCCUGCGAUCCGUUUGAUCCCUGCGAUCCAUGCGACCCUUGCGACGAAUGUGAUGACUGUUGUUGUCUGCCGAGGUGUGCCUGUCCUUGUCCUCGAAAUAGGUUGUUCUGCAACGGAGACGCUCUCGUCUGGCCGCCCCACCCAAUGGCUGGAAGAGGUAGAAGAUCCUGGUACUGUGAUCCGUAUGCAUGGAUGGGUCGAGGAAUUUGUUGCGAUCCUUAUGCCAUUUCGGGUCUUAAUACGUUCGAUGACUUCAUGUGCGAUUUCGAUUUGAUGAACUGUGGUUGCUCACCUUUCAAAGGUUAUGAGCCAGAGUGUGAUGAUUGUUCAACCGAACUGACAAAUGCAUUUCUCGCUCAUCAGCUCAGGCAGAUAAGAGUGAUGAAAAACAGAUGUCGCAAUAUAAAUUGUUACAAGAAACUUCAUUGCAUGGAUGUCCAAUUGACAGAGCUCAUUGACCAAGCUCUCAAAAAGAAAAAAAUUCUAGGCAAGAAGGGAUCAAAGAAGAAAAAAAUGGGAGAGGGCGGAUCGCAGACGGGUUCGGAGUUUGAGUUGGAUGACCUGAAGAAGAAAAUCGCCAAGUACAAACUCAAGUAUGAACAGCUGAAGGAGUCUAUGGGAGUCAGUGAGAAGCCAGCGGCAGAAGCGAAGCCCGAAGGAACGAAUGAUGGAAUGACUGAAUGA